GCUCAGUGUCUGUCGAGCCUCUGGCUUCUAGCCAAGAUCCUCCAAGGCCUCUCCAGACCUUCCCUUCUCCGCUGAACCCUGGGGCCCGUCUUCGCCAUGUCUCAGACCGUCUACAACGAACAGAAGCGCCAGGCAUCCAGCCGCGCUGUGGUCAACCACAAUGGCUGCUAUGCGUGCGUAAGCUCUGUCAUAGGCUCCAUCACCAGGGCUGCCGGUGGUGAUCGCGCCGCGCUGACCGAGGUGGUGGUCUGCCGUCACAAGCAGGUCAAGGAUCGCUCGUACUCGGCACGUGACUACCUCAACAAGCUCUGGCUGCCCAAAGGGGUUGAUGUUGAUGACCUGCUCCCCUGCGAGCAGUGCUCAACCAUGUCCAGGCCUUGCCAUCAGGUUCCUGAGGACACGGUUGACGAUGUUGUGGCAUUUCUCGAGUUUGUCUGGGAUGAUGCCAUCAACGCCCUUCCUACCGGCCGUCUCACAGUCAACACGAUCGAUAUUUCUGGCUACGAGCCUGCCAAGAUCGCCGCUGCCAAGGUCAUGGCGGAUGCCCUCCAGAGCAACAUCCUCGUCAUCACCAAGGGUGCCUGUCGGGGUUGUGAUGCCACUCCUCUCCAUGCUGGCUAUGCCGACUUUGUGGAUACUGGUGCUGUAGUGCCCACGGCUGAGAUGGAACGCAAGCGCAAGCUCAAGGUUGUGGAGGCCAGCUCCCUCCCUUCUACUCCUCAGAAGGCUCCUCACACUUCCUCUUCCGCUUCUAUUGCCUCUGCUGAGGCCCUGAAGGGUAUUUACAACCAGCUGAACCUCCUUGCUGACCGUAUCGCUGCUGGUAAACAUCUCAAGAGGGGAGUUGAACAGAGAGAGUUCAGGCUUGCUUGGGAUGCCGCCAACCCCGCCAACCGGUACUUCAGUGGUAGCGAGUAGGGGUGUGACGUGUUGACAAGGGGUCUCAAGGGGUCCCCAGGUUCUAAUGGUUUGCGACAACUUCUGGCGUUUGGUUCUCAAGAUACCCGGCUUCCAAAGCCAAUUUGGGUUGGAGUUACUGCUCAGUGCCCCUCCGGGCUGUUUGAGCCUUAUCAGGUCUUCUCAGGGCCCUUACGGUAUGUAAUCUUUUGAUUCCUCACUUCAUUUUUUGCCUUUGUUGUAACUUGCCUCUUUGUGAUGGGUGGCUUGUUGGCCUCGGCCUGUUCUACCUUCUACUAUGUGUGUCACAGCCUGUCAAGCCUUGUCAAGACAUGAAUGAGCAAAUGGGGGUAAGGGUUAGGAAAAAAGUUGUG